CUUCCAAGUAGCAUCACAUAUUUUUGGGGUCUUCUAGGGGGUGGGAGUUGUUUGUCAAAAUCCUGGAGCCAGAAGAAAGAACAGCAGCAUUGAUCAAUUUGACUGCUAACAUGUUGUACCUGGAAAACAAUGCCCAGUCCCAGUAUAGCGAGCCGCAGUACACGAACCUGGGGCUCCUGAACAGCAUGGACCAGCAGAUCCAGAAUGGCUCUUCCUCCACCAGUCCCUACAACACGGAGCACGCGCAGAACAGCGUCACGGCCCCUUCGCCUUACGCCCAGCCCAGCUCGACUUUUGAUGCGCUCUCACCCUCCCCAGCCAUCCCUUCCAACACAGACUACCCAGGACCCCACAGCUUCGAUGUAUCAUUUCAGCAGUCCAGCACAGCAAAGUCUGCAACGUGGACGUAUUCCACCGAACUGAAAAAACUGUACUGCCAGAUUGCCAAGACAUGUCCCAUCCAGAUCAAAGUGAUGACCCCACCGCCUCAGGGAGCUGUCAUCAGGGCUAUGCCAGUCUACAAGAAAGCUGAACAUGUCACCGAAGUGGUCAAACGCUGCCCAAACCACGAGCUGAGCCGGGAGUUCAAUGAGGGGCAGAUUGCACCUCCCAGCCACCUGAUCAGGGUGGAAGGGAACAGCCAUGCCCAGUAUGUAGAAGACCCCAUCACCGGGAGGCAGAGUGUGUUGGUCCCCUACGAGCCACCCCAGGUUGGUACAGAGUUCACAACAGUCUUGUACAACUUCAUGUGUAACAGUAGCUGCGUGGGAGGGAUGAACCGUCGCCCGAUCCUCAUCAUUGUGACACUGGAAACCAGAGAUGGGCAAGUCUUGGGCCGCCGAUGUUUUGAAGCCCGCAUUUGUGCUUGCCCAGGCAGAGAUCGCAAAGCAGACGAGGACAGCAUCCGCAAGCAGCAGGUCUCCGACAGCACAAAGAAUGGUGAUGGUACGAAGCGCCCUUUUCGACAAGGAACUCAUGGCAUACAGAUGACAUCUAUCAAAAAAAGACGAUCCCCAGAUGACGAGCUAUUAUACUUGCCGGUGAGAGGACGGGAGACAUAUGAAAUGCUACUAAAGAUCAAAGAGUCCCUGGAACUUAUGCAGUACCUUCCACAGCACACAAUUGAGACCUACCGGCAGCAGCAACAGCAGCAGCACCAGCACUUGCUCCAGAAGCAGACCUCCAUGCAGUCGCAGUCAUCCUACGGCUCCAACUCUCCACCGCUCAGCAAAAUGAACAGCAUGAACAAGCUGCCCUCGGUCAGCCAGCUAAUUAACCCCCAGCAGCGCAAUGCCCUGACCCCAACCACCAUCCCCGACGGCAUGGGAACCAACAUUCCCAUGAUGGGCACCCACAUGGCCAUGACCGGCGACAUGAAUGGCCUCAGCCCCACGCAGGCGCUGCCUCCUCCCCUCUCCAUGCCUUCAACAUCCCACUGCACCCCCCCUCCUCCGUACCCCACAGACUGCAGCAUCGUCAGCUUCUUAGCGAGGUUGGGCUGCUCAUCCUGUGUGGAUUAUUUCACGACCCAGGGGCUGACCACCAUCUAUCAGAUUGAGCAUUACUCCAUGGAUGAUCUGGUGAGCCUCAAGAUCCCGGAGCAGUUCCGCCAUGCCAUCUGGAAGGGCAUCCUGGACCACCGGCAGCUCCAUGACUUCUCCUCCCCUCCCCACCUCCUGCGCACCCCCAGCGGCGCCUCCACCGUCAGUGUGGGCUCCAGCGAAACCCGGGGGGAGCGGGUCAUCGACGCGGUCCGCUUCACGCUCCGGCAGACCAUUUCCUUCCCGCCCCGCGACGAGUGGAACGACUUCAACUUCGACAUGGAUGCCCGGCGCAACAAACAACAACGCAUCAAGGAGGAAGGGGAGUGAGCUCCGCAGACCCCGCUCCACCCCACCCCAGCCACAAACUGCUCAGCCCUUCAUUUGUCUUCCUUCUGCUUGGUACUGCACCCCUGGACGAAGGGCGGAGGGAGCCUUCUUGCUCACUCAUGCUAUCUAGGUCAUGUUCCUGGACCACGACCUCCACCCCACCUCUUCCAAGGGGAAGAGCUGAGCAAAGGGGGAAGGCGGGUGGUAUUUCCUUGAAAGCCGUUGACCUUCUCAAGAAGGUGUCAUUCUUGUUUCGUGUUUUCCUUUGGGGAGAGGGCUUCUUUUCUUGACUUUUGAAUCCUCAUACACCUUAUGGGUGUCCUGACCUGCAAACUUGUCUCUCUCAUCCAGCAAAUCCCGCUUUGAAAAGCAGGAAGAUUAAAAUAAAGUUUUAAAAA